GGGCGCUCCAGGCAGGCGAGGGGCGCGAUUGGAAGGCUGGCAUGGCUUUGGCGGGACUGUUGCGGGCGGUCCCCUGCGGCCCAGGUCCCCUCUGGACCAGGCUGGCGCUCCGGACCUACGCUAAGAAAGUCGUGCCGAAGGCUAAAGGAAAAGGCGGAUCGAAGGAGGAGCUCAAGGGCCCUGAGAUAUGCAAGGACGCGGCGUUGCUCACCACACACUCCAUGGGCACCAACAUCUACAAGGAAAGCCCCGAGGUGGCACUGAAACCCGACUCGGAGUAUCCCGAAUGGCUUUUCCAGGUGGAUCUCGGCCCACCGAAGAAGCUGGAAGAUUUAGACCCGGACACCAUCAGUUACUGGCGUUUCCUCCGGAGAGUGAAUACAAAGCGACAGUACCGGCUACGCAAGGUCCAGCCGUUUUGACGUGGGCCACUGGGAUGUGGGAUUCAAAUCUUUCCCGGACACGCGGGAAACUUGCCUGCUUUGUGCAAACUUUGGACUGUCCUUCCGCUUUGAAAGGGGAGCUUUUCUUUGGUGAACAUCCCAAUAAAUGGUAUUCAACCAUGUGUUGUCGUGUCCAACUCCUGGCGAUUCCAUGGGCGAACUCAACCAUGUGGGGCAGUUUAUAUGUCUUCUCUCAAGCCCUGAAAGCACCAACGCUGGGGCUCUAGAACCAGUUUGGAACCUGAACAUGUCUACAGAAGCACUCUGGACCACUUUCAAACCAGUCGAAGUCUCAUAACUCCUAAGUAAGGAACCCUGGGAACGGACAUAUAGGGCCACCUUUAUCUGCUCUACAACCCUGUGCAAACAUGGAAAGGUGUGGCAUUUGGAUACCAGUUAUAUGGUGUCAAAUGUGCCGUCCGAAGCAGAGUUAGUCACUCCUGAAUCCAGUGGAGUCAGUGGGUUUAGAAUGGUGUAACUCUGUUCAGGACUGCAACUGUAGCAUCUGGAAAAAUUUCAAGUUUUUAUAAAGGUGACAAAUGGAAGGAAGGAAAGCAGAAUCCUUCCCUUUAGAGAUGUGAAAACAGUUUGGUGUACUGGUUAAAUGCGCAGACCCUAAUCUGGGAGAACCGGGUUUGAUUCCUC